UUUUAUUAACAAUUAUUAUUAGUUUGAAUUGGUGAUAGUAUUGUUAGUCCAAAAGAUACCUACAAUCUACAAUAUAAGUUCUCGCAUCAAAGUCUGCAGGAUAUCAUUUAAUUUUUACUUUUUUUUCUUUUUAUAUCGAUGUUAUCAAAUGUAUAUUUAGAUGGGUACAUCCGCUUAAUUUAAUAUGUUAUUUUAAAAUAAGAAUGAUAAACAGAAACUGUCUUUGAUAACAGAUUCACGAUAAUGUAGGUACGUUAUAAGCUAGUAUUUAAUUUGUGCUGUUUAGUAAUUAAAUCAAUUUAGUUUAAACAAUUUUUUUUUUGUAAAUUAGUUUGUAACCAAUGGAUACAGGAACUAAAAUAGCUGUCAUCUUUAUAAUAUGCAGUUUUCAAAGCAUCGCUUCAGCAGAAAAAUGUACAAGACCAAAUGUGAAACGACAACAAGUGUUCAUCUACAGAACCAUAGGCAAAAUAAACGUAAUGGUGUAUCGUUGCCUAUACAAUGAUACCAGAACAGCAUAUUCCGAUAUAUCCGACUAUUGUCUAUCUGCAAUUAAAACUAAGAAAUUUGUGGACAAAUGGGAUCAAACGCAUAAUUUUGAAGAUAGAAAUUCACCAAUGGUUUUGGAACAGUAUCCUGCUACAGCGGAUCCAUUACUAAAUAUUAUUUAUUUAAGAUCCGGCACCGUCUGCAGAUUUGAUAGAGGAUUUUGCUAUGAUCCAAAGGAAACCAUAAGCUACGCAGCUGUCUGGAAAGUUAUUCCCGUACCUUCAGAAAAAUGUCCUAACAAAUUAGAACAAGUUUUCUAUGGGUACGUUGACAUGUGGAGUUUCUCGGCAGAGCACCAAAAAUAUUUAUUUUUCUAUGAUACUAGCUCAGAUAAAUCAUUUUCCUUAAAACUAACAAAUGCUUCUACGUGUUACCGUAAACCAGUUUGGUUCACUAAUGAAAGGGGAUACAUUGUUUCACGUGACAGUUUAACGCAAUAUUAUAGCUCUGUAAAAAAAUUAGAUAAACAAUACUUUCCAUUAAAGUCAAAAAGUGUUGUAAGCGAGUCGAUUUUAAAAGAUUGUGAUUUAAGUGCACACUCUUUAGAUUUUGAACAAAUUAAAUCCGAUUACUUAGGUGAUCCAAAAAAUUUAAAAAUAAUUUUUAAACUCCACCAAAAACAAAUUAAAGACAAUAAUAAUUAUGUCUUAGAAUUUGAUAAAAAUUUGAAAAAAAUUCAUGCAUUUUUGGAAAGCCAAGGAAAAGAUGUAAAUAGUAAUAAAAUAAUGCUUGCUUUGUAUAAAACAAAGUUUGAUUCAUUAAAUAAUUCAAAAAAUUCUCAAAAUGUGAAAGGUAAUGGUUACCACUAUAAUGAUAAAGAUCUGUUAGAGAAGAUUUCAAAAAUGGGCGAUACUAUUACACAUUUGAAAAAUUCUAUUCAAAUGCAUUCAUCGAGUAACCAAAUUAGUAAAGAACAUUUAGAACAUGCAAUUGCAAAUCUUAAAAUCGAAUUAAACAAAAAUUACCAAACUUUGAAUAACAAUUUUUCUAAUUCUAUUCAAUUUGAAAUUAGUAAUAUAAAAAAGCUUGUCUCCGAAAUUGAAAAUACUGUUUUAAAGAAACUUGAACCGAAAAUAGUAUCUGCUAAUAAUUAUACUAAAAUUUGCAACGAAAAAGUUGAAAAUAUAAAUAAUGAAAUCAAAAAAUCAUUGAAUGCAUUAAAGCAAGAAUUAUCUCAAAAUGAUAUACUAUUGGAAAAAAAUGUUAAAAAAUAUGUUGAUAAUAUUAUAGUGAAGAAAUUAGAUUUAUCAAAUUCAAAAUUACAAAACUUAGAAGGAAAAAUUAAAAACAAUAUAUUUAAAAAUGAGAAUGACUUUAAAACAAUGGUAAAUAAAUUAGAAUAUUUAAACAAAACUACAAACUUAGAAUUAGACAAAUUAAAUCAAGAUUUAAAAAUACUAAAAACAAAUUAUGAAGCUUUUGAUCAAAAAGUUGAAGGCAGUAAGGAACUUUUUAAAAACGAAAUUAUUUUAAUGAAGGAUUUAAUCGCAACUGGAAAUACAAAUUUAAAAAACGAAAUCACUGAUAUGUAUUUAGGCAAUGGUAAAGAUCUUUCUAAAGAUUUGAUUAAGGUUAAUGGAUCACUGUUAAGUAGAGUAGACUUUUCAGAUUCUAAAAUUCAAGAUAUAGAACAGCAGCUAAAUAAUAUUAAAAGAGAUGCAGAAAAUAAUAGAAAUUCCGCCAAUGUUAAAUUAAACGAUAUAAUUAAAGACGUGGCACAAACUUCAGAAAAAUUAAAUACCAUACCGACAAAAAUAGAAGAACAAAUUUUGAAGAAACUUAAUCCUACGAUAAAUUCUAUCAACAGUAAAAGCAACAAUUGUAAUGAUAAAAUUGAAAAUUUAAAAACAGACACGAGUAAUAGAGUUGAAGAUCUAAAACGAGAAUUAACUCAAUUAUCUAAUCUGGGUGACGAAAUUAUGAAUAUAAAUUUACAGAAAAUGAAGGAUAGUAUUUCAAAUAAAAUAAUUUUGGAUAAUACAAAAGUUCGCGAACUUGAAAAUACACUUAACAAAUGUAGAGAUUUUUCCGAAAAUAAUAAAAUUUUAACAGAACAGGGAUUACAAGAGAUUAAAAGAAACAUUUCUGGAAUAUUCGAGUUUGUUAAUCAAGCUUCUUCAUCAAUUGAUAAUAAUAUUCUCAAUAAAUACAAUUCCAUAUUAAGUACUCUCGACGAUAAAAGUAGAGACUGCAUGCAAGAAAUUGCAAAUCUAAAAUAUAAUUUUGACAAAUCAAACAAAGAUUUAAAACAAAACAUAUUUGAUACUUUUAUACCCACUGAUAAAGAAAUUAUUACAAAACUAGGUAAUGUCAAUAAUUCUCUAUUAAAUAAAAUUAGCUCAUCCGAUUUAAAAAUUCAAGAAUUGGAGACUAAAAUUGGCGAAUUUAAAGACAAUAUACAAUAUUUUGUAAACAAAUAUGAACUAAACUCCCUUCAAAGUUCUUUAGAUAAAACUAAUAAAUUCAUAAAAAGUUUACCUUCAAAAAUAGAAGAUGAACUUACUAAAAAUAUUAACCACUCUCUGAGUUCUUUACAGAAGAAUAAUGAUAAUUGCGAUAAAGAAAUUAACGAUUUAAAAGGGGAUGUGAAAAAGAGUUUCGACGAUAUAAGAAAGGAAGUAUUUACUACCUUCUCUUCAACAGGUGAGGAUUUACAAAAAAUAAACAAUUCUGUUUUACAAAUAAAAGAUGCAUAUAAUAAAAAAAUCCAAUAUUUGGAAAAUAAAACAAAUAGUUUGAGCCAAGCUGCGAAAACUAAAAAUCCUUUGUUUGCUAAGGUAGAAUAUCUUACUAAGCAAGCAGAUUCAACAAACAAAGCUUUGGUAGAUAAUAUGGAUGAAAUUAACAAUGUAAAAUUUAAUCUGAAAAAAAUGGCUGGUGAAGUAAAUAACUUGAAUUCAGAUAAUAAUUCCGAAAAAUCAUAUCUAAGUAAUUUGAAUCAGACAGUAGUAAGAAAUACGAAACUUUUAAAACAACUUGAAGAUGAUAUAAAUAGUUUAAAAAAUUCAGGAAAUAUUGCUAAUAUUGAAAUACAAAAACAUGAGGAACUUAUACAACAAAAAUCAGAUGAUAUAAACAAAUUGCAAAAAAAUCAACAAAAAACUGAUAAAAUCAUCGAUGAUUUAAAACUAAUUGAUACAGAUACUCAACAACAGUUAAAGGAAUUCCAGCAAGAAAUUAAAACACUUAAAAACAAUAUAUCUCUUUCAAAUAAAUUAAUUUAUGAUAGCGACAAAACUGUUAUAGAUUUAAGGAAUCAAAUAGAGGAGUUAAAAAUUAUUAGUUUGAAGAAAGAACAGGAAUUUACUGAAACUCUUUCAAACUUUCAAAAUAUACUAAACAAAUUUGCAGGUAUAGAUUUGAAAAAAGAAUUGGCCGAUUUAAAAACAUGUUGUGCAGAUAAAGAUUUAAAAAUAAUAGAAAAUGACAAAGAGAUAAAAAAACUGAAAAAUGAGUCUGAAAAAGCAAUAAAAGAAUUAAAAGCUGAACUAGAACAUUAUAAUGAUUUAAAUAGUCUCGUAGAACCUGAAUCAGUCUAAAAGUAAUCUUGAUUUUGAAACGCUUUUUAUUUGAUAGUAGUAUUAUUAUAAAUUAGUCUAAUGCAAGCCAAACGUAUGAUUGAUAUACUAUUAUAGAUAAAUGCUGUAUAUAAAUAAUAAUUGUUUGUAAUUAAUUUCAUUUUAUAAAGUUGAAUAUGUAAUUUUCUUAACAAAAACAUAGUUCUAUAAAAUGAGAAGUUAAUUAUUUACAUGUAAGUAUUUAUACAAUUAUUAAGCUCUGUGUUCAGAACCAUUUCUUGGGCGUU